AAGUGGACCAGGAGGGAGACCCGCAUGAUUUCACACUGAGAUAAAACACAAGACCAAACAUCUUCAAAAACGACCAAAAACGGUUGAGUGGAGCCCCGCGGACCGAUGUGCGCACAGCCAUGCAAGCGUCACUGGUAAUGCUCGUCUGUGCCCUGGCUGCUGCUGUUGCCCAGGAACCUGACCAUGCCCAUGGCUGUGCCCAUGGCAGCUGUUACCCAGCAACAGGCGACCUGCUGGUUGGACGAGAGAAGAACCUGAAGGCCUCGUCCACAUGCGGUAUGAGGAAGAAAGAGUCCUACUGCAUCGUCAGUCAUCUGCAGGAUGAGAAGAAGUGUUUCUAUUGUGACUCGAGACGGCCAUACGACCCCGUCUACAACACCAUCAAUCACCGCAUCGAGAAUGUCAUCACCACAUUCAAGCCCCACCGCAAGAAGUCCUGGUGGCAGUCAGAGAAUGGGAAGUCGGAUGUCGAUGUCCAGUUGGAUCUGGAGGCAGAGUUUCAUUUCACUCACCUUAUCAUGACAUUCAAGACCUUCCGUCCGGCCGCCUUGCUGAUUGAACGGUCAGCUGACUUCGGACGUACCUGGCAGGUCUACCGCUACUUCGCCUACGACUGCGCCACUGCCUUCCCCGGUGUCUCCCAGGGCCCUUUGCGGAAAGUUGACGACGUCAUCUGUGAGUCACGCUACUCUGACAUCGAGCCGUCCACCGAGGGAGAGGUGAUCUACAGAGUGUUGGACCCAGCCAUCAGGAUCGAAGACCCCUACAGCCCCAACAUCCAGAACCAGCUGAAGAUCACCAACCUGAGGGUGAACUUCACCAAGCUCCACACUCUGGGGGACAACCUGCUGGACACCAGGCCUGAAAUCAAAGAAAAGUAUUACUACGCCAUGUACGAGCUCGUUGUACGCGGAAACUGCUUCUGCUACGGCCACGCCUCCGAAUGUGCUCCCAUCGAGGGAAUCAGGGACGACAUCGAGGGAAUGGUGCAUGGCAGGUGUGUGUGUAACCACAACACCAAAGGUUUGAACUGUGAGCAGUGCGAUGACUUCCACAACGACCUGCCGUGGAGGCCGGCCGAGGGGCGAAACACCAACGCCUGCAAGAAGUGUAACUGUAACGGCCACUCCAGCCAGUGCCACUUCGACAUGGCCGUGUAUUUGGCCACGGGCAACGUCAGUGGAGGAGUGUGUGACGACUGCCUGCACAACACCAUGGGACGCAACUGUGAGAUGUGCAAACCGUUCUACUACAAAGACCCCACCAAGGACAUCAGGGACCCACGGGUCUGCAUAGCUUGUGACUGUGACCCUGAUGGCUCCCAGAACGGAGGGAUGUGCGACGGCCACACCGAUCCGUCCCUCGGCAUGGUGGGAGGUCAGUGCCGCUGCAAGGCCAACGUGGAGGGGCCGCGCUGCGACAAGUGCAAGGCCGGCUUCUUCGGCCUGAGCGCCGACAACCAUCAAGGCUGCCAGCCCUGCCGGUGUGACCACAGGGGGACGGUGUCGGGUAGCUCCCAGUGUGACCCGGUCAGUGGAGACUGCUUCUGCAAGCGUCUGGUCACUGGGCGAAGCUGCGAUCAGUGUCUGCCUGAGCACUGGGCUCUGAGCCACGACCUGAACGGCUGCAGAGGCUGUGAGUGUGACGUGGGAGGGGCCCUGGACAACCACUGCUCCAUGGAGAGCGGUCAGUGCCGCUGCCGCAGUCACAUGACAGGACGCCAGUGUACCCAGGUGGAGUCUGGGUAUUUCUUCAUGGCCCUUGACCACUACCUCUACGAAGCUGAGCUGGCCAAGAUGGGACAGGGCUGCACAGUGGAGACCAGGGAGCACCAGCCCGGUCGCCCUGCCACGUGGACAGGCAUUGGGUUUGCCCGGGUUCCUGUGGGUGGCACCCUGGAGUUCCUCAUCAGUGACAUCCCGUACUCCAUGGAAUACGACCUGCUCAUCCGCUAUGAGUCACAGAUGCCCAGAGACUGGGAGGAGGUGCGAGUAACAGUGAUCCGUCCGGGGCCAAUUCCCACCAGCAGCCCCUGUGGAAACACCAUCCCAGAUGACGACAGACUCACUGUCUCCUUGCCUGCCGGGGCCAGGUUUGUGGCCCUUCCUCAGCCUGUCUGUCUGGAGAGGGGUGUGACUUACACCCUCCGUUUUGAAUUCACUCGCUAUCAGGAUGCCAACAGUAUCCUCAACGGAGCUGCCAAUGCGAUCGUCCUAGUGGACUCUAUUGCUUUCCUCCCUCGCUACUCCUCCCUGGAGAUGUUCAAUGCAGGGGAUCCUGCCUCCAACAGCAGGAAGCAGACCUAUGAGCGAUACCGCUGCCAUGAGAGCGCCAAGAGCGUGACCCGCCCACUGAUGAGUGACACUUGUGCCAAGCUGAUCACCAGCAUGUCAGCCAUCAUCAACGACGGGGCACUGCCUUGUAACUGCGACCCCCAGGGGUCCAUCAGCUCGGUCUGUGAUGUCCGUGGGGGACAGUGUCGCUGCAGGCCUAAUGUGAUUGGUCGACGCUGUGACCAGUGUGCUCCUGGAACCUAUGGCUUUGGACCCUCAGGCUGCAUAGCCUGUGGUUGCAGCCUGGAAGGGUCUGUAACUCGGCUCUGUGACAAGUUCACCGGUCAGUGCCAGUGCCGCCCGGGUGCGUAUGGUCAGCAGUGUGACCGGUGCCAGGCGGGUCACUGGGGGUUCCCGAACUGCCGGCCCUGCCAAUGUAACGGACACGCUGAGGAGUGCCACCACAGGACUGGAGCCUGCAUCAGCUGCAGGGACAACACUGGAGGAGACAAGUGUGACAGGUGUGCCAAUGGUUACUACGGUAACCCAGUUUUGGGCUCAGGCAGCCAAUGUCGUCCGUGCCCCUGCCCAGACGGCCCCAACAGUGGACGCCACUUUGCUGCAUCUUGUUACCAAGACAACCGUAACAGACAGAUUGUCUGCAACUGUAACCAGGGUUACACAGGCUCUCGAUGUGAGGAUUGUGCCCCGGGUUAUUAUGGCAACCCCUCUCAGCCAGGUGGGCGCUGCCAGCCAUGCCAGUGCAACAACAACAUCGACAUGUCUGACAUGGAUGCUUGCGACAGGCGUACCGGAGAGUGCAAGAAGUGUCUCUACAACACUGAGGGCCCCAACUGUGGCAUCUGCAAGAGCGGGUAUUACGGGGACGCUUCCCGACGCAACUGCAGAAAGUGUACUUGUAACUUCCUGGGUACUGCACAAAGCCAGUGUAUGGAGCGUGAUGAGUGUGUGUGCCAGCGUGCUAAUGGGCAGUGCCAGUGUCUACCUAACGUCAUUGGUCUGACAUGCGACCACUGCGCUCCCAACCACUGGAAUCUGGCCAGCGGGAGGGGCUGUGAGUCCUGUGGCUGCGACCCCAACAACUCUGUCACCUCCUCAUGUAACGAGUUCACUGGCCAGUGUCAGUGUCGUGAUGGCUUUGGAGGGAAGACCUGCACAGACUGUCAGGAGAACUACUGGGGAGACCCGAGGACCCAGUGCAGAGCCUGUGACUGUGAUUGGCGUGGCAUUGAGACGUCCCAGUGCAACCGGGUGACUGGUCACUGUGUCUGCCAGCAGGGGGUGUCGGGGGUCCGCUGUGACCAGUGUGCCAGAGGCUUUUCUGGCCAGUUCCCCAACUGCCAGCCCUGCCACCAGUGCUUCGGUGACUGGGACCGCAUCGUCCAGGACUUGGCAGUGCGUACCAAGGCUCUGGCAGAGCGGGCUCAUGAGAUCCAGACCACAGGGCUUACGGGGGCCUAUGAGAAGGCCUUCAGGGACCUGGAAGAGAAACUGGCACAGGCCCAGGGUAUUGUUAAUGCCCGUAAUGCUACUGCUGCAGCUGUUGCCACCUUGAUGGAGCUUAUAGAAGACCUUAGGGCGCAGAUCGGUGAGACCACUGACACCCUGAACCGCCUGGAGGGAGACCUGACCAUCGUCCAGGACAGCAACUCUGAGGCGAGCAAGGAGCUGAGUGCCCUGGAGAGAGAGGCGAAAGAACUAAAUCUCACCUCAGAGCAGCUCCACAGACAUCUAGACAUCCUCAAAAACUCAAAUUUCCUGGGCGCUUACGACAGCAUUCGUAGCUCCUACAACAGGUCUCGUGAUGCAGAACGGCGAGCCAAUGAAUCAACCACCACCAGGCCCAGCACAGUUAGCCAGUCAGCAGACACUCGCCGCCGCACUGAGCGUCUCAUUGCCGCCAAGAAGGAUGACUUCAACCGUAAAAAUGCUGCUAACAAACGUGCCUUGGGAGAACUCAAUACAAGAGCACAGGGCCUGGAUAUGAAGAAGAUCAAUGAGAAGGUUUGCGGGGCCCCAGGUGAUGCACCCUGCGCAGAAAGCCCUUGUGGAGGUGCAGGUUGCCGUGAUGAUGAGGGGAACCGUCACUGCGGAGGCCUGAACUGCAAUGGCGCUGUAGCAGUGGCUGACAAUGCCCUGGAGAGAGCCAAACAUGCAGAGAAGGAGCUUAACAAAGCCAUGGGAGAGGUGGAGGGUCUCUUCACCAAGGUGGCCGAGGCUAAGACCAAGGCAGAGGAGGCAAAGGGUAAAGCUCAGGCGGCUCUGGAGAAAGCCACAGCUACCAAGAAAAAAGUGGAGCGCUCCAACAAUGACCUGAGAGACCUCAUCAAACAGAUUAGAGAUUUCCUCACACAGGAGGGUGCAGACCCAGACAGUAUUGAGGCGGUGGCUAACCACGUGUUGGAGCUCUCCAUUCCUGCCUCGCCCCAGCAGAUCAGACAUCUGGCUGACGAAAUCAAGGAUCGUGUUCGCAGCCUGUCCAAUGUGGAUGCCAUCCUGGAGCAGACGCAGGAUGAUGUCCGCAAAGCAGAGCAACUGCUGUUGGACGCCAAGAGGGCCAGGCAACAUGCUGAGGGAGUGAAAAACACAGCCGAGACAGUCAAACAGGCCCUGGUGGAUGCAAAGACGGCGCAGGCCUCAGCAGAGAAGGCCAUAGCAAGGGCAAAAGCUGACAUUAGGGAGACGGAGACUCGACUGGCACAGAUCGAGUCAGAGACAUCCAACAGUGAGAAGAACCUGAAUGAUGCCAUGGACCGCCUGGGCAACCUGGGACGGGAGAUCGAUGCCUUGAAGACCAAACGGGCCAACAACAGCAUGGCAGCGGCCCGGGCAGAGGAAACAGCCACUAUGGCACGAGACAAGGCCAAUGAGGCCAAGCAGAUACUGGAUGGCCAGCUGACUGAUAAAUACUACGAGGUACAGCAGCGGGUCGACACAAAGGCCAAGGCUGUGCAGGACGCCAAGAAAAGAGCAGAGAGCCUCAGGGACGAAGCUAAGGAACUACUAAGAGACGCCCAGAACAAGCUGCAGAGACUAGCAGAGCUCGAGAAAGACUAUGAGGAGAAUCAGAGGACGUUGGAGGGGAAGGCUCGUCAGCUGGAUGGCCUGGAGGACAAGAUGAAAGCAAUCCUCAACGACAUCAACAAGCAGAUCCAAAUCUACAACACUUGUCAGUAGCCUGCUGCUCUCAUUCACAGGGACACUCGUCCGCCGUAGUUUUAUUCUGCGAUUUUCUUCAACUUCACUCACUUGGCAAUAGCCUUCACUGGGCAAAUACUUGUUGAACUUUAUUUCAACUGUUUGGAACAAAAGAGGGAGAAGAGCAAGUCUACUGGUGGUUAUAUCGCCUUAAAAAGAAUAUCUGUUUUUUUUUUUUUUUUGAGGUGUGCAAAAUGCCUGACAUGUCAUAAUUUAGAAUGGAUAAACGAUUUCCAAAUAUAGAAAUGUGUUCCUUGUAAUUUCACAAGCAAAGUGUGUCUGAUUUUGCAUAUUUUAUUUUAUUUUAUGUUAUGUUAUUUUAUUUUAUUUUAUCGUCAAAUAAACCAAACUACAGAGACCAGACCAUUUUUAAGAGGUAUGGAGCUAUGGCUGUCUACAAUAAUAGUAGGCAGGGAUUGUGUAGUUUUAAGGCAUGUCUUUUCAAUAUAAAUAUAGAAUAGGGUUAAAGAAUGCAAACGUUUUUCUGCAAACCUAGUGGUGCUGGGCAUCGAACUUCUCUUUUCAGUUUUUCAUAGUAUUGAUAUCUGUCCUUAUACAAAUACCAGGGCAGUGGAUAUUUCAGAUGUGAAACUAACAAUUGUAUAAUAUCUGUUAAACUCUGCUGAGCCUACAAAAUAUGAACAGCCUCUAUCGGGAAUAAGAGGGUGUCUGCACUGACAUUACACAAGUUUGAUAGAGAGCAGUAAAUGAGCUCUGUGUCCUUUCCAGUCACUGGAUGAAUUUUCAACCAUGCAAAAUUUAAGUUUUGCAUGUUAACUAUAUUGUGAAUGUUAAAUAGUUGAUAUUAUUAUACAAAUAUAAUUUAAUAUGAAACAUCUACAGUAGUUGAAAUUGUUUCUUUACUUAAGUUACAAAACGUAUAUUAUUCUGCAGGACAUACAGUGUUUAAUUGUGCCUUACAACAUGUCAGUGUCUUUUGUGUUUGCUCAUAUACUGUUUGCAUGAUAGUGUGUGUGAGAAGGAAUCAUACAUACACACUUUCCAGCUAGCACUGGAAACCACACAAUUUUACUAAUUGCCAAAGCCGAAAUACCAAAAGAAUCCUGUGGAAAAGGUUUACUAUGUACAGUUCUGUGAAUAAAGGUUAAUUAACGUGGAA